AUGACCGACUCGAUCAAGGCCAAUGGGCCAAGCUCUUCAGACAUGGAGUACUACUAUAAAUCACUCUAUCCGUUCAAACACAUUUUUAACUGGCUGAAUCAUUCGCCCAAGCCUUCUAGGGAUAUGAUUAACAGGGAGUUCGCUAUGGCCUUCAGGUCUGGUGCUUACAAGAGGUAUAACUCCUUUAACUCUGUGCAAGAGUUCAAAGCGCAGAUAGAAAGAGCCAACCCAGAUAGGUUCGAAAUUGGUGCCAUAUAUAACAAACCGCCAAGGGAACGUGAUACUCUCCUGAAAAGUGAACUGAAAGCUUUAGAAAAGGAGCUGGUAUUUGAUAUUGAUAUGGAUGAUUACGAUGCUUUCAGGACAUGUUGCUCCGGGGCCCAAGUCUGUUCUAAGUGUUGGAAAUUUAUAUCUUUAGCCAUGAAAAUUAUGAACACGGCUCUGACAGAAGAUUUUGGCUAUAAGGACUUUAUUUGGGUGUUUUCAGGUAGACGUGGUGCUCAUUGUUGGGUAAGUGACAAACGGGCCCGGGCUUUGACGGACCUACAACGAAGGAAUGUUUUGGAUUAUGUUAACGUUGUUAGAGAUAGAAAUUCCGAUAGAAGACUGGCUUUGAAGAGGCCUUACCACCCUCAUCUGGCACGUUCAUUGGAGCAAUUGAAACCGUUCUUUAUCAGCAUAAUGCUUGAGGAGCAAAAUCCCUGGGAAGAUGACCAACAUGCAAUACAAACUUUACUGCCUGCUUUACAUGACAAACAAUUGAUUGAUUCAUUAAAGAAAUAUUGGUUGGACAAUCCUGGGAGAUCGAGCAAAGAAAAGUGGAACGAUAUAGAUCGAUUAGCUUCGUCGCUUUUCAAAGGUCUCAAGCAAGACUCUCACAUAAGCAGGUUACGUGAAUGUAAAGAAGAUCUCGUAUUAAUGACACUUUAUCCUAAGCUGGACGUGGAAGUUACAAAGCAAACAAUUCAUUUGUUGAAGGCCCCGUUUUGUAUUCAUCCUGCUACUGGGAAUGUAUGUGUGCCCAUUGAUGAAUCAUUUACUCCGGAGAAAGCACCAAAACUAAUCGAACUACAAAUAGAAAUGGAGAAAAAAAACGACGUUUCAUUAACGUCUUUGCAACCUUUUAUUGAUCAAUUUCAAACAUAUGUGAGUUCUCUUCUCAAGAAUGAACUGGGUUCAAUUAAGAGGGAACGUGAAGAUGACGAUGAAUCGGCUUCUUUGGAUUUCUGA